AGUUUGCAAACGUGUGAAGAAGUCAGGAAUAAGGAAGUGUCAGAAAACCAAAACAAACUUCCAAACUGUGUCAUUAUUCUGCAAAUAUUCAGAUCUAUUUGAGUGAGUCCAGGUGAGUUUUGUUGGACCAUGGCUGCAGACCUCAUCGGGUUUUGUUACGCCGCUUUAGUGACUCUGGGAGGAAUUAUCGGUUUUGCCAAAGCAGGCAGUACCACAUCUCUCGCUGCAGGACUCCUCUUUGGCUUUUUGGCUGCUUUGGGUGCUUACCUCAAAAAUACAUGGAUUUCAUUAGGCACUUGCGGGACGUUAGCGGUCGUCAUGGGGAUACGAUAUUUUAACUCCUUUAAGCUUAUGCCCGCUGGUUUAAUGAUGAUUUUAAGCGCGUUAAUGGUUCUGAAGAUUCUUACGUCCAAGACAAAAAAGACACAUCAGUCUUAACAGAAUAAUUUUUGUAUAGACGUGGAUAGAGUGACCAAAAUCUACAGUAAAUCUGAAAUACCAGCAGGUAGCAAUCCAGAUAAAUCAAGUAAGAACAGAGGUGGGUAGUGGCCAAAAAUUGUUACUUCAGAAUAUUACUACUCAAGUAGAAGUACAAAGUAGCAGUCCAAGAAAUAAUGCAAGUAAGAGUAACUUGAAGAGUUUCUGUUUUGGUGAUUUAUAAUUUGAAGAACUACAUAAAAUCUGGUAUUUUCAAAGGAUAGACACACAAAUGAGACAAACUAAAUCAGAUUUGAAGGAGCGCUGCAAGAAACACAAACGUUCAAAUCAUUUCAUAUCGUCAACAGAAAGUUUAUGUUACUUUAGACUUGCUCACAGUGGGAGAGGAACCACUAUUUUUCCUCAAGUAAGAGUACUGUUACUUUUACUAGGGGUGUAACAAUAACCAAAAUAUCAUAUCAUAUCGUCAAAAGUCUCUCAGUAAUGUCAUGGGCCAUCAAAAUAAAUCGAAUUCACAAGUUUCUUUGCUUAAAUUCAUUUUUAUAGUGCAGCAACAGGUAAAAAAAAACAGAGGAAACUACAUCGACCAUGAUCCUUUGCUCCGUUUUGGUGCAAACUACAUGAAGAAAUAGCAGUUCUAAGCCCUUUUAAGUCUUGUCAAGGCAUUUUAAGAGGAAAAAGUAGCAUAUUCACAAUUUUGUUUGUAAGCCUCCACAAAAUAUCGCAGUAAAUAUUGUACCGUGAGUUGUAUAUUGUGAAAAUAUUGUACUGAGAGAUUUGGAUAUUGUUACAUCUCUAGUUAUUUCAAUAAAAAUAUUACUCAAGUAGGAGAAAAAGUAUGCUGCUAGAAAAGUACAAUUUAUUUAAAAAGUAAAUGUAAAUAUCAUGUAGUUCCACCCACCUCUGAUUAUUUUUGUUAGACAAACUUGACCGAUGUGAAGAACUGUUACUGUCCACCUCUGCUUCUUACUCGAUUGUCAACACAUUCCUUUCUCAAAUCAUAAACUGCUUCUGUUGUUUCAUAAUCACAUAUUCAAAAUUUAGAGUGUAUUUUAUAUUUAUAGAUGAGUUUGCUUUGUCUGAUUCUUUCCUCUAGUCUAAGUUUGUGGUCUGGACUAUUUAAAUAUUUUUGUCUAUUUGCACUUUAUCAAAUGCUGGUAGUAAAAGCCCAUAUUAUUAUAAUGUUGUUUCCUCAUCACAAACAGACCUGGAGUUGUGUUUUGUUUCAUUCACACAUGUUUGACUCACAGAUCCUGCAUUUUAGGCUGAGUUUUUCUCCGAAACUGAAAGCACUCGACUGAACUAAAGCGAAAAGGAGCUGUUAACUUGAAACUACCACUACAUCACAAGUUGGAACAGAGCAUUUUGAGCUCUGGAGAUGUAAAAAUUAUGUCAAAAGUCUCACAAUAAUACCGUGGGCUGUCACAAUAUAUCGAAUUACAAACUCCUUUGCUUAGAUGCAUGGUUUUAUAGUAGCAACAGCUUAAAAACAUCGGGAACUACAUAUCCCAUGAUUCAUUUCAGUGCAGACAACAUGAAGUUAUGUUUUUUACUUGAAUUCUUGAGCUUAUGAUGGAAAUAAUUGACACCAAAAUCUUGUCAGGGUAUUUUAAAUGCAAAAAAGCAUCCUAUCUACAAUUAUAUCAGCCAAAAUUUUGCAAUAAAUAUCGUACCGUGAGAUGUAUAUCGUUAUAAUAUUGUACCGAGAGAUUUGGAUAUCGUUACAUCCCUAAAACAGAUGAAUAAUAAAGGAUUACUCAAAAAAUCUGUGAAUGAAACAAGUUUUUGAUGAGGUAACAUGGCUUAAAGCUCACAAGAAUCAAUUUUAUGUGAUAUAAGACCUUUAAAAGUGUAUCAUGACAUUUUUAUUAACUAAAAUUUGUUAUAAUUGAAUUGUACAAAUACAGGUUUUUACUUUUACUUUAUCACAAUUUUGAAUGCUUUCUACUGCUGUUUUUGAGAGUAACAUUUUGGAAAAUUGGA